UAAGCCAUAAGCACGGUGUAUGAAGCUCUGUGAUAUAAACUAACCGGCAGUUGAAAGAUGGAAGUCCCAAAACUGAAGAAAAGACCUCGGCGCCUCUGUGAACAUUGCAACACUGAACUCUGUCAUACACAAUAUUUUGACCACAGAAAGCGCUGUUUCAAAAAUGGAGUUUGGGAGAAAAAAUCCAGAAGGGCUAGUCAUGACCCAACCGGCAGGAGUUAUGUACCGUCACCGUCGAUGUAUAAAGACCUCGAAGAUAAAUUGGCUGGAGUUGGAGAGAUUGAUGAAAGUGAAAUGCACUCCGGCGAGGACCCAGAAAAAGAAGUUAUGGAAGAAUCUGAAGAAAUGCACCCAGCGACUGACAGUUCAGACGACAACGACGAAACAGCAGCUGACCAAAGCAUUCAUCUUUUCCUGGACUCCAGCAAUUCCGAGCCAGUGCAAGAUGAUGCAGACAUUUCCUGUUCUGUGGAUGGGUAUGUGACUGAAGAGGAUGAAGAGGGGGAAAGCCUCGCCUUGAACUCCCCUUCAACUCCUCUGCAUGGACGCAAUCAACCCCUUUCAGCCAGUCCGCAGACCGACGAGAAGAAACUGCUGAAUGCUAUCAGUGGGCUGUCUCGUCAGCUUACUGUGCUUACUGCCGAUGUGAAUGAGCAGUUCACCAUAGUAAACUCCAGGUUGCUGUCCAUAGAGGAUAGGUUGGCAGCUUUGGAGUCGAAAAACUGUGUGGAAGAGACUAACUCUAAGAAGACCCGACUGGUGCGCAAUCCCAAGAUUGCGGAAGCGGUACGCCGUCUUCACAACUCGGAGAUGAAUUGUAAGCGCUAUGAACCGGAGCAAGGACUAACUUCGCCUCAUAACGAGGCCGUGACCUCCUAUUUGCUCGGAGCUGUGUCUGCAAGCCCAGAUUUACAUGGUGCUGAUAAGGACGCCAUUGUGCCUGCUUGUAAGACCUAUUACGAGACCGUACGCAGGAGCUUCAGGUACAAACAACCAGAUCUUGCAUCGCAGGCGGAAGCGGUGAAGAGUUCAGCUCGGAGUCGAUCAAGAAGAAAGAGGCUGCUGGAAGCGAGACAGAGUGUGCUAGCUGAGGAUGAGGUGGACCUUUGGAAGUGCGCCACCAUAGACCUGAUGUCUGAUGAGGAAGAUGGCAUCGUUGACAGUGUCUCUGGAUGGAUUGUGCGACCUCCGUCCUCUCGCAGCCAGGAGCUCACAGAGCUCUGUGCCACGCUGCAGUCGAGAUUAGAGGUGAUUCCAAAGUACAGGGCCAUGCACCACAGACGUCUGCAAAAUGGACCUAAUUGAGACCGAAUGCCGCCAGUUACCUACAGCUCCGAGGCGGCAAACCGACACUUCAUGGUGCUGUAGGAUCUUGGGCUUCGCGUGAGCUUCCCAUUUGUUGUGUGGGCAGAUCUCCUACGCUUUGUACAUAGUUGUGUGUUUGCGUUUGUGCUAGUAAAGCUCUUUCUUUGAAUAAACGGCACAUUCCUGGCAAA